AUGCAAUUUCCAACUCCUCGAGGACCAAAUGAAGGAACUACCCUUUAUCAAGCUCCGUGUGCCUCUUACGAUAGUGUUAACGCUUCUGCCAUCUCAACCUUUCCUCUGAAUGGAGAAACAAUUAUGCUGUUCUCUCAUGGUGACGGAAGUUUAGUUUAUUAUUAUGCCCCCAACAGUAGCGCCACAUUUACCAAAGUUUCCG